AUGCCGAAAAGGAGAAGACCUUCAUCGUCCCCACCAUUCUUAAAUUCUCUGCCGUCUUCCAAGGCGGACUUCGGCCGUUUGAUCGCCGUUGUUUCAAUCGCCGCCGUGGUUGCCGCUGCCUGUCACUUCAUAGCCUCCUCCCUCAUGCGACCGCCAAAACCCUUCUGCGACUCAUCGACCUCUGAUUCCGAUUAUUGGCUUCCCGCUGCUUCAGAUUAUUGUGAACCCUGUCCCUCCAAUGGCAUGUGUGAUGGUGGCAAGUUAAAAUGUGUUGAUGGCUAUAGAAAGCAUGGGAAAUUUUGCGUCGAGGAUGGUGAUAUUAAUAAAGCUGCUGAAAAGCUUGCCAAGUGGGCACAAAAUCAUCUAUGUGAAGCCUAUGCUCGACUGUUGUGCACCGGAGCUGGAAAAUGUUGGGUCUCGGAGGGAGAGCUGUUGAACAACUUGAAUGAGUACAAGGCGAGGGAGGACCAUGGCAUGGAUGAGGCGGUUUACAUGCCUGCAAAACAAAAGGCCUUGAAGAACAUCCGUAGUAUUUUAGAGACAAAAACAGACAAUCAUGGCGUUCAAGAAUUCAAGUGCCCGGAGUUUCUUGCGAACAAUUAUAAACCUCUCUCCUGUGUUGUCCGGCAGUGGAUUGUCGACCAUGCUUUACUUUCAAUUUCAUCUUUGACAUUGUUCUUGGGAUGCAUAUUGAUAAUGUCCAGAGUCUAUCAUAGACACCGGUUACGUGUUAGAGCCGAACAGCUGUAUCAUGAGGUUUGCGACAUUCUUGAAGAGAAGCCAUUGGUAUCAAGAAGUGUAAGCAGUGAAAGUGAACCCUGGGUAGUUGCCUCUUGGUUGCGGGAUCAUCUUCUAUCGCCCAUGGAAAGAAAGGAUCCAUUUCUGUGGAGAAAGGUUGAGGAGUUGGUACGAGAGGAUUCUCGUGUAGAUCAGUACCCAAAGUUAGUAAAGGGUGAAUCUAAGGUUGUAUGGGAGUGGCAAGCUGAACCUUCUCUGAGCUCUUCAGGAAAGAGGAAAAGAAUCGAUGCAAGUACACCACAGUCGAAUGAGCGUACAAACUCAUCCUCUAAUCUUCAAAGGAGGAUGCGUGCUGGUGAGCUUCAUAUUGAGUGA